AUGGCACCAUUUCAGCUACCUUCCAAGUUUGUGACCAGCAGCUCGCACACCAACAACUGGGCUGUGCUGGUGGACACAUCUCGGUUCUGGUUCAACUAUCGCCACAUCGCAAACGUCCUGUCCGUGUAUCGGUCUGUCAAGCGACUUGGUAUACCGGACAGCCAGAUACUGCUCAUGGUAGCGGAUGAUAUGGCAUGCAAUGCCCGUAAUCCUCGUCCAGCCACCGUCUUCAACAACGCAAAGCAACACAUCAACGUUUACGGUUCGGAUGUGGAAGUCGAUUACCGUGGGUACGAGGUGACGGUUGAGAACUUUGUACGUUUACUUACCGGUCGCAACGAAAACGGUACUGCCCGCUCGAAGCGUUUACUGUCUGAUUCGGGUAGCAACGUGUUGAUCUAUCUGACUGGUCAUGGUGGAGAUGGAUUCCUCAAGUUUCAGGACUCGGAAGAGAUAACCAAUCAAGAGCUGGCGGAUGCGAUCGAGCAGAUGUGGCAAAAACAACGUUACAAUGAGCUGUUCUUUAUGAUUGACACAUGUCAGGCCGCAUCGAUGUAUGAAAAAUUCUACUCGCCAAACAUACUGGCGGUGGCGAGCAGUUUGGUUGGGGAGGAUUCACUGUCCCACCAUAUCGAUCCUGCCAUCGGGGUGUACAUUAUCGAUCGCUACACGUACAAUGCGCUCGAGUUUCUGGAGCGUGUCGAAUGGAACAGCAAGAAAACGAUGGGAGAUUUCCUAUCCGUUUGUCCCAAACGUGCGUGCAUUUCCACGGUAGGCGUUCGGAAGGACCUCUACCCGAAAGAUCCGUACAAAGUUCCCAUAACGGAUUUCUUUGGCUCUAUCCGGCCGACUGAAAUUUCAUCGGAUGUAGUCAACGUAACGCUGUCCACCAUUCCAGAAACAAUAUCAUCACCAAAGCCUAUCAGUAAGCCAAAUGCUCAACUGUUGUACGAACAGUUUCCUAGCAAACUGUUCGCUCGUUCCUAGUCAACGGAGUAAGAUAGCAAAUAAAUGAUCCAA